UUUUCUUAUAAAUUAUGGAGACCCCAAUAGUUAAACUGUCUGAUGAGGAGCUCAAUACAGUUUAUGAGCCUUCUGAGGAUUCAUAUCUUUUGGUAGAUGCUUUGGAGGCAGAUUUAGAGAUUCUGCAUGCGAUGAAGCCAAGAAUUUGUUUAGAGAUAGGUAGUGGUUCUGGUAUAGUUAUCACAGCUUUAGCAAUGGCAUUAAAACGUCAUAAUGUUCAGUUUAUUGCGAUUGAUAUAAAUCCUGAUGCAUGUAGAGCCACGAGAAGAACUAGUCUGAUUAAUUCAGUCGAUGUAGAUAUCCUUCAAAUGAAUUUAUUAGAUUGCAUACGAAUUAAAUAUACAUUUGACAUUAUUUUAUUUAAUCCUCCGUAUGUAGUUACAGAAUAUAAUGAAGUAAUAGAUGACAGACUCGUAUUCAAAACAUGGGCAGGUGGUAAAAAUGGUAGACAAGUUAUGGAACAGGUAUUUACUAUUAUUCCCAAAAUCUUAUCAGAUGCAGGAUUGUUUUAUUUAGUUGUUAUAAAAGAAAAUGAUCCUAAAUAUAUAUUGAGCGCUUUCAAAAAGUUAAAUAUGUCUGGUGAAAUUGUUCAUGAAAGGAAAGUAAGAGGAGAACAUUUGUAUGUUUUACGUUUUUGUAAAGUUAAGGAAACGAAAAGUUAGCACUACAUGUCAAGGGUAUAACAUUCACAAGAUAUUUUAAAAUAUUUUAAUUUUAUGGAAAGAGAAAAAAAAUAUUCAAUGAUUGUAUGCUAUAAGUGUUAUUUAUGAUGAUAAAUUACAGAUAAAUGAAAAAACUAUUUGAAUCAUGUUGUAUUACACUGUUUGUAGAUAGUUGUAAUAUUUAUGUUAUUUGUAAAUCAUUGUAUUAUAUAAUUGCAAUUAACAUAUACAGGCAUACUGAUAUAUUGCGUAAAAUAUUAAUUUAAUUCCUUGUCUAUGUAUACUUUUGUCUUUAGCAAUAAUUGUUCGUUUAAGAAAGGAGAUAAAUGGAAGCUAAUAAAAAAAAGAGAUAAAAAAGUCA